AUUAAUUGUCAAUUAGACAGAUGAGGAACAGCUGUGCAGUUUAAAAAAUAUUUGUUUUGGUUAGAAUCCCAGUUAAAUUUUAUAUCAAAUAGAAAUGGAUAGAACUAGAAAAAAAGCUACUUUUUAUCAGGAAAUGCAUAAACAACUUGACGCAAAAUUAUUUCGGAUAGUCAGAACCGUUGAUAGACAAAUAACAAGAAAUUUAAAAGAUGGACAUAUCGAGACAAGACCAUCCACCACAAAUGGGCUAUGGUGUUGUGUCCUUCUGCCAACAGUCCUCUUCCUUUAUGCGACACUUUAUGAAGUAUCGGAACUAUACACAUUCCUGGCGUAUAUAUCAAUAGGUUUGAUGGCCCAUAGCUUCCUUUUCAUAGUGUUUACGUCUGUAUCCUGCUUGGUGUUAAAGGACAAUAUCUAUGGAGGAUGUGUUGCAUCGUCUCUCACAGCUACAUUGCUGUUGUAUGGGAUUCAGAGACAAGGAUUGGUAUUUUCCUUGAUGUUCUCAAUGGCAUCAAUCUUUUCAUUCAGUGCACUAUUAAGGAUAUCUCUCACAUGGUACCCAAAGACUUUCACCAUGGGAGAAGCCAUGAUAGUCACACAGAGUAUGGUCUUAUUCGCCAUAAUGGCAGUCUGCGAGACCCUGUACAAAAUGGGUGAUAGACAAGAUGAAGAACUCAGAUUUAUUUAUUCUGUUAUAUUUGCCAUAUUAUCAACAGUGGCAAUUAUUGUUGCAGCGUUAUAUGCGUUGGACGAUUCCCAAAGAACUAUUUCGGUUUUUUGUUAUAUCUUGAGUGUAGCGGGAACAUAUACCCUUAUGAUUUUACACGCACAAGUUGGCGUUGAUUGCAUAGUGCGACUUGCGGAAUAUGUUAUACUGGAUUCUGGUAGGGUGAAACUAUUUCUAUUGUGGCUCAGUUCGGCAGCCAUAGCAGCGUUUGUCAUACUAGUCCGCACUCAACUCAAAGUGAAAGCAAGCACAGUCACUCGUAAGACGUUUCACGUGCUGGCAUCAAUAGUAUUUCUGUCUGGAAUCUUGUUUGACAUCAAACUGAUGACCCUGGCUGCUGGAGUUGGGUUCGGUCUUCUCAUAUUAAUUGAGGCACUUAGAAAAUCUAGAAUAGAACCAAUUUCGUCAGCUCUCCAAGCUGCAUUCAAUGUGUAUAGUGAUGAAAAGGAUGUGGGUAGUUUCGCGAUGACACCACUAUACUUAUACAUAGGCCUGGCUUGUCCACUGGUCUUGGUACCCGUACACCCGGGCUACGAGCUGGAGUUACUCAGUGGUGUCCUGUCGAUAGGAGUUGGAGAUACUGCUGCGAGCUGGUUCGGAUCCAAAUACGGAUUCAAUAAAUGGGCAGAUGGACACAAAACGUUAGAAGGCACAGUUUUCAACAUCCUGACACAAGUAGGAGUUAUGCAUGCACUUCACCUGUUUGGUCUACUAGACAUUAGCAACGCAUCACUUCGAGUAGCCGUGACAGCAGCUAUUUCAGGACUGGUUGAAGCUAAAACUGAGCAAGUGGAUAACUUGGUACUGCCUUUAGUGACGUUGAUAGCAUUCCAACUCACUUCUAUGCUGUGUUAGUUUGUUUUUGUACUUAUUUUUUGGUUUUUAGUUUUUAUGUCGGGUUAGUUAAAGUUAAAGUAGCAUUUACCUACACAUGUUUGAAAUGAAAAUCUUCCGAUGAAUUUUGCAUAUUUUUUGUAAAUCAAAAAGAAACAUCUUCUUACAUGAAAAUAUGUUUUGCUAUAAGUAAUUGUUGUAUGUAUGGUUUGAAAAUUUAUGAAAUUUUGUAUUUUUUUAUACAAUUUAUUUUUAAAGAAAUUGCUAGAUUUUAGUAAUAGUACAAGUUAUAUUUAUAGCAUGGAGAUUUCCUAACAUUCCAAUGUUACCAAAGAGUAAUAAUAUUUUGUAAAUAAGAAGAUAUUUUUUAUAAAUAAAUUAUUUAUUUUACUAUA